AUGGCUUCCCUCGACGAGGCCUCCCUCACUUCGAGGAGGGGAACGGGAACGUUCUCCUGUUUCCACGGUGGGGAGGAGAAGCGGCCUCCCCUCGACGAGGCCUCCCUCACCGACGGCAACAAUAUCAGGAGGGGCAUCGAGGAGUACUACGAGGAGGCGGCGCGCCGGCUGCCCCUGAACGAGAUGCCGGAGCUCCGCGGCUGCAUCCACGCGGGUGGCCACUGCUUCGGCCUCGGGGACCCCGUCACCAACAUCCUCCUCAACUCCAUCACCCUGCUCCGCGGCGAGCACCCGCCUCCGCCGCCGCCCCCAUCCCAGACCCCGGCCGGCGGCUGGUUCGAGAUCGCCUCUCGAUCCUACCGGGGCCUCCGCGCCUUCAUGACCGCCUACUUCCGCUACCUCAGCGUCACCCAGGCCCAGCGCUACCUCUGCCUGGCCUCCCACGACCUCUCCCUCGCCAUCGAGCUCGUCCAGCACGACCGUUCGCGUGCUCAUCCGCCCCUCCUUCCCGACGGCGGCAGGAUCAAGGCCGCGCUGACGAUCGCGGCGCUCGAAGCACACCACCCCGCCCCCGACGUCCUGGCGGGUCUCAUGACCGCUCGCUAUCCCUCGGACCUGCUCUAUCCUGUCAUGGGCGUCGUGCAGAAGCAAGAGCCGCUCAGCACCGACCAAGUCCGCGAAAUCAUGGAGCUGCUUGCCGGCCAAUGGCCGCCCACCCCCUCGCCGGCCAACAUUGGGUUCUGGUUUCAUCCUGACAGCUCUCAGACUGCUCCACGAGGCUGCCCGCUGCUGGAGUUCUCAACCCCCGUCGGGGAAGACGAAGACCUUGUGGCCCAAAUCUCCAUAAAGCGCACCCAAGAUCACUUCGGUCAUCGUCCACACGAGUACAUCUCCAAACUGAUGUUCCGCAACGCAGACAGCAUCAUCAAGCUGUCCAACCUUCGGAUGGCAGUAGGCAAGGCCGGUGGCAGUGGCAAGUAUGGUUUGCCAUCUUCUUCUGAUUGUGAUGCCUACCCAUGUCACUUGAGAUACUUGAAGAUGCACUUGCUGGAAACCAUCCAUGCCUCGUACAUCAAGGCGCUGCCAGACUUCCCAGCAGUGCUUGGAGCGCUGGCCUGCUCCAUGCUCUCCUUGAGGCUGGACAUUGCUACGGGCCCCUGGACUGUGCCUCCGACAUCAUCCUCAACUCCAUCUGGUACAGCAUUGCCUUCCCACUUGCACAGGGUGCCGAGAUUCAGUUGCCACGAGGUAUCCUUUGCACGAGAGCACUGUCUCGCAUGGAGUCUUGUUCCCUCACUGGCAUGGUUGCCAUCUUGCGUGGCACCUACAACUGGGAUAGUAAAGCCAUCUGCAUGUCGGACCAUGAGGCCUUUGGUUUCCUCAACGACUGUGACUGCAACUUCAUGGACACUCUCUACCUGAACUCGCGGGACAUCCCCUUCAGAGAUGCAGCCAAGGCUGCCAAGCACCCCCAACACGCUGCUUUUGCAUCAUUCUUCACGGCACUGUCCCUUGAUAAGCGCAACUAUCUGAAAGGGUUAAUUGCUGAACAUGGUAGGAUCUCUGAUUUUGAUUGGGACAGGAUAAACAAGUUCCUCCGUGAGGAAUUAGCAUGCAAAUCAGUGCCUCUUUCAUCGCAAAUGGAGAUGGAGGAUCCACAGGUAGGUAUCCGAUCACCCUACCCAGCUGGUGGUUCACACAGGGGAAAUUCACAUUCACCAAAGGGAUCAUCUUACCAUCAUCACCGGAGAUGUCCCCAUUCGCCACACCAGAGAAGUCAUCAAUCGCCUCGCCGCUGGCACCAGAGAUGUCGCUAUUUCCCUCACCGGUGUCCACACUUUGCUCACCAGGGAUGUCGACAAAGGCAUCGGGGGACAAGUUGACUUUUGUUUGCUCUGAGCUGAAUAAAGUGCUCCUUGAAUACUGUUACAAGCAUCCUUGGGUAAUGAACUUCCCCCCAUCCCCUAAACCUCCCUUUACCUUGAAUCUCUUCUAGCUUUCUGCUCUCUGUUCCCAUGCUCUGCUCUUCCCUGUGCUCUCUAAUUUUUUAAUCUUGUACCCAUGUGCCCGGUGGUACUGCUUUGCAGCUUGGUACUUUGUGCUUAUUAGUGCUCGACGGUUACUGUUCUCUGUGAUUGUUGGUUACUUGUUAGUUCUUCGUGCUGUUAAUAUGUUAUAGUUGGAUUAUAGAGUAGUUAUUCUUAGUGAGUGAGUUAUUUGUGAUACGCUUCUGUGCUGCUCUAGUUUAUGAAUUAAUCCCUCCUUUCCAAAAUCUAGUUCGUUUUGCUUUUUAGAUUUAUAGGAUUUGCUAUACAUUUAGAUAUAAUGUAUGUAUGUCUAGGUGCAUAUCAAAAUCUAUGAACCUAGAAAAUCUAAAACGAUCUACGUUUAGGAACGGAUGGAGUAGUUAUUUGUGAAUACCACGGCACUUCUACUUAAGACAUCAUUUGUGAUACAAUGCUGGGUGCUGUUGGUUAUUUCUCAUACUAAUGUGUUUCUAACAGGCUGCUUAAAUAUUCUCAACCUAUGCACUUAUUGCAGGAACCAAGUUACAAGCUUGACAUUGUUUGCGGAGUCAUGGAAUCUUGCAGAUCCUUUUGCCACCCAAAAUUGUACCAUGUCAACUUUUUGGUGAGCAUAGAUGAAGAUGCAGCAAACGAUUCCAGGGAGCGCAAACUCUUCUUUGCGAAAUUCUGGGGACCAUGUUUUUCUCAAGUUGUUCAAUUGAAGUCGUCCAGCUGCAGCCCUGUAUCUGAUUACUUUGGAUGUACAGGUCGCUGCACUAUCUGUGAGACUGAAGGAAGCAUGAUUGUGCAUCCACCAUCUGGAGGCCAUUCCGGAGACAUUAAGGGCUUGGUUGAUUUAUACUCUGAUGCUGCGGUUGGUUCCAAUGAGGCAAGAACUUUUUAUCAAGACAAAGUUGAGUUGCCCAUUGUAUGGACCGACGACUAUCAGUUCGAAGGACUUCCUUUGACGCCAGCAUGAAUGGUUACACAAUUACAAGCAAAGGUUGUGGUUGUGGUUGUGGUUGUGGUUGUGGUUGUCGGAUGAAACAGCGCCUUACAUGAAGCAGUUGUCAUCGGCAAUAGAUUAGUUUCUAUUUGGGGAUUGUUAGCAUAAUAUUUAAUGAGUUAAAUACACCCACGGCUCUCGAACUUGUCUUGAGGUGCCACUUAGGUCCACGAACUCGUAAAAUCGAAAUCUGAUACCCUGAACUUGUUAA